AUGAAUUGUAAAUAUUAUUGUAAAAUGAUUAACGUGAGACUAGUGUUUGCGAGCAUAGCGUUGUUGGGCGCCGCAGGAGCUUUGUCAAUUGGCAGAGGCGAUGGCGACCAGUCGCAGGGUGAAAAGGACCAGAGCACAUUGAGACAAGUCACUAUGUUAAUGCGGCACGGACAACGCGCACCGGUUGACACCUACCCGACAGAUCCGCACAUUAAUUCUACCAUGGAUCCUUACGGAUGGGGACAACUCACUGAUAAAGGACGCCUGGUAGCCUACAACGAAGGUCUGUUCCUUCGGGACCGAUACGGAGAAUUUUUGGGUGACGAUUAUUCGCCCGACAAGUUCUGGCUGCAAAGUACUUCCGCGGACCGAGCAAAGAUGACCGCGAUGAUACUGUCAGCGGCGCUGUGGAAGCCCAACGAGAAGCAGAAGUUCAAAUCCGGGGUUGACUGGCAACCUGUUGUGCUUCAUUACUGGACCAGGCCUGAAGAUAAGCUGCUGAUUAUUUGGAACGCUUGUCCAAAAUUAACCGUUGAACGAGUCAAGGUCGAUCACGAUCCAGCCGUACGAGAAAUUAACAUGAAAAACCAGGAUAUGUAUGCUUAUGUCGCUGAAUAUUCUGGUUUGCCGAUGAAAAAUCCUGGAGACAUUGCUAACGUUUAUGGUACUUUAGUUUCUGAAGAAAGAAUGGGAAUGAAAUUUCCUGAAUGGGUUCAUAAGUACUACCCGAGAAAAAUGUCGCCACUGAUGGUCUUCAGUCUUAAGCAGAACGUGUGGAAUGACAAGCUUCGUCGUCUAUCCGGCGGGCCAUUUGUCACGAAAAUGGUGAACAAGAUGGAGGAUCGAUCUACCGGAAAACUGACGCCCAAGUCCCGGAAAAUGUACGCUUACGUAGCCCAUGACAACACGGUAGUUAAUAUGCUCUCUACAAUGGGCGUCUGGGAUGAAAAAGAACCCGGGUUCAACGCAAUGGUACUCGUGGAACUUCACGAGAUCAAGGGUCAGUGGUACGUCCAGUUGUUCUACCGCAACGCGCCUGAUUAUGAGACGCGGCCGCUCACUGUUCCUGGCUGCGAACAUCAAUGUCCUCUGGAGAAGUUCAAGGAACUAAUGGCGCCUAUGAUCAUCGAUAAUUACGAAGAUGAGUGCAAAGUCGAUGAUCCAAAUUACGAAAUUCCCCCAGCUCCUCCAGCUUAG